AAAAAUGGGCCAAAAGCUGCAGUAAUGUUUUGUUGAUACAUUGUGGGAUGGGAAUCACAGCUCCUGGAGACAGGAUUCCUGGGAAUAUUCCUGUGCCCCCUCUGGAGCCUGUCGCGCCUGCCCCAGGGCUCUCCUCCCUCCAGGAUUGUCAUCUGGAGCUUCCGCUGGCUCAUCUUCAGGAUCAUGCUGGGAGCGGGGCUGAUUAAAAUCCGAGGAGAUCGCUGCUGGAGAGAGUUAACUUGCAUGGAUUAUCACUACGAGACGCAGCCAGUGCCCAACCCCAUCUCGUACUUCAUGCACCGCUCGCCCUGGUGGUUCCACCGCUUCGAGACCUUGGUCAACCACUUCAUCGAGCUGCUGGUGCCCUUCUUCCUGCUGCUGGGCAGGAGGAUGGUCAUCCUGCACGGGCUGCUGCAGAUCCUCUUCCAGGUGCUCCUGAUCAUCAGCGGGAACCUGAGUUUCCUCAACUGGCUGACCGUGGUGCCCAGCCUGGCCUGCUUUGACGACGCCAGCCUGGGGCUGCUCUUCGGGCGGCGGCUGCGGGAGCGAGCGGCGCGGCUGCAGCGCCCGGGGACGCGGGGACAGAGCCCUGCCCUGGGCUCCUGUGUCCGCAGCGUGCUGAACGUCUCCUUGGGCCUCCUCAUCACCUACCUGAGCAUCCCGGUGGUGCUGAACCUGCUCAGCUCCAGACAGGUCAUGAACACCUCCUUCAACUCCCUCAGGAUCGUCAACACCUACGGAGCCUUUGGGAGCAUCACCAAGGAGAGGACAGAGGUGAUCCUUCAGGGAACCUCCAGCCUGGACCCCAAUGACCCCACAGCAGUCUGGGAGGAGUUUGAGUUCAAGUGCAAGCCUGGGGACCUGAGGAGGAGGCCCUGCCUCAUCUCCCCCUACCACUAUCGCCUCGACUGGCUCAUGUGGUUUGCUGCCUUCCAGACCUACGAGCAGAACGAAUGGAUCAUCCACCUGGCUGGGAAGCUGCUGGCCCAGGAGGAGGAGACCUUGUCCCUGCUGGCCACAAACCCCUUUGCAGGCAGAGACCCUCCAAGGUGGAUCCGGGGGGAACACUUCAGGUACAAGUUCAGCCAGCCCGGGGGGAAGCACGCCCGCGAUGGGAAGUGGUGGAUCCGGAAAAGGAUCGGCCCCUAUUUCCCCCCCGUCAACCUGCAGGGCCUCAGGAAGUUCUUUGAGGACAGGAAUUGGCCUUAUCCCGUGCAGGACUGAGGGAAGAGGAUGGCCAGGACAAGAGGGACCAGCUGGGAAGAUGGAGAAUGGGCAGCUCCUUCCAAACAUCUCUGGUUUUUAUCCGUAUCCUUGUUCACGGCUCUUUUCCAGAAGAUUCUUAGAGAAGAUUCCCAGCCAAUUUGCCCACUUGCUCUGUGAGCUGCUUUUCUUCUCACCUCAGUGGGUGAUUUCUUUUGCCAGGCUGCUCCAUUCAGGAAUUCCUCUGGAACUGGGAAAAGGCAAGCAAAUAACCAAGACUGGUUUUGGGGGACGUGUUGGUGCUGCCAAAAGCAGCUGAAUGUGGGUUUGAACCAAAAAUGGGAAAACAAACCAGGAGGGAUCUCUGUGGUGGUGUGGGCUGUGCAGGCAGGCACAGGAAUGGCCCUUUUCCAUGUUCUCUUGCACCUUUUUAACCACAUACACCAAUUGGGCACCACUGGGAACUUGUUCCUGGAAAGGAAUUAAAGAAACAAUCCUUGAAUAACCA